UUGAAAAAUAAGAUAUUAUCCAGUUUAAUUCUGAAAUAGCGUAUAUUAUUUACCGCGUCUUCACUUCUUUUGUGUUAUGCAGUGGUAUAAUAGUGAUAAGUUACUUGUUUUAUCCACAAUUUUUUGUGUUUAUUUGCAAAACCUUUUCUUCGUUCAAGAGAAGCAUUUGAAUUUGUUUUAGGUUAUUCACACUGUUCUGUUUAGGGUUGUUCAAUAUUGUAUGCCGGUAUGAACACUAGUACAAAGCAUAUAGAUAAGAAUCAUAACAUUGCUUUAUAUCAUCCGAAAUUACUCCGUGAAGCCGAUCGUGCUUUACGUGAUGGCAGAGAAAAGGAUGCAAUAUACUAUGCUACGGAGGCUUUGUGCGCGGGGAUACACAACAAAUUUGAUAAUGUUGGCCGCAAGCUACCACAAAACGAAAGUUCUCUCGUUUCUCUACUUUGUCAACUUAAAAACGAUUCAAUAGUCACAUCUGAAAAAAACCCAACAGAUGGUUUCGAAAGUAUAUAUCAACGUUGUAAACAAGUUCCAGAGCAGUGGUCCAUUGUUCAAAUUAAUAAAUCGUACACGCCCCACUGGAAUGUUUUGACACAUCGACAGCUGUUGCAAGAGAAUACAUCAAUUGAUAUCGUGUUGUUCACGUAUCCCAAUUCAGAAAUUAUGGACAACAGACCAAUAAUGAUUCGUAUCGAUCCUCCGAACGAUCCCGAUUUCUAUUCGAACUUGUCCUUAAUUCCAGAAAAAGUAAAACACUAUCUAAUAGAAGAGAUUCGGACUGGUGUGUUGCGUCAUGAGGAGAUUGAAGCUUACAUUACUAGCGCAAUUGAUCGUCUAACUUCAUGGCUUGGUCCUUGGAUCGUACUGUUUAGUGGAAAAUUCAGUUCAACAAAAAAUCAACAAUUAGAGUCAGAAAUUUUCAAUCGAGUGGAAGAUUUUUGCAUCUUAAACAAACACAGUAAGCGAAACCAAUUACUAAUCUCAUUAGUCGCGAGACGUCUGGAUAUGAUUGACCAGGAGGCUAUCUACCGUUUCUCGUGUGAAAUGACAAAAGGUGAUAACGAUUCUCUGACGAAGUUGUACAAUUUUCUCAUCGUUUUAAAAGAACAAAAAUUUGAAAAAAGCCAAAUUUUCAAUUGCUAUCCUUGUUUGUUGAUUGUCGGCGAAUUGCUCGAUGGCUAUCCUUGGGAAGCAGUGAACACUAAUCAAGAAUUCAGCCGUCUUGGUUCCUUUAGAAUCCUCUGGCAGUUAUAUAUAGCGCAUCAUACUGCAAUGUCCGGUGGAUAUUUACGACUGCCAGCGAAAAAGUGUCACACUAUCAUUAAUCCGGAUAACAGUUUACCUAAAAUGAGUGCUCGGUUGCGAACUUUCUACAAGGAGUGGUAUCCGGAUUUCAAAUUAAUUGCUGAUCAACCUCCAGCGGAUGGCGAAUUCACUAAAAUUCUCCAAGAGGCAGAUGUAAUGAUCUACAACGGUCAUGGCAGCGGUCUGCAGUUUAUAGACGGAGACACGAUUCUCCAACACGACAUAAAAAGUUUAAUCUUCCUCAUGGGAUGCGAUUCGGUGAGGCUUCAUUCCAACGGACUGUUCAGUGAAAUGACCGGAAGUCAUCUGUACUAUAAUAUCGGAAAAUGUGCGGCAGUUGUUGGUUCUUUAUGGGUGUUGACUGAUUUCUAUACGGAUUAUUAUUCUAUACUGCUGGUCGCUGGCUGGAUUCCAACGGCCAAUCCGAAGUUUCGAGACUAUUCCGUUAUUGAUCUAGAUCCAACAGCGUUUAAGCACGGCAUGCUGCAAUGGAAGAAAUUAUCUGGUUCCACACUGGAUGAACAUUGCGAUGAUAAUUUAUUAAGACUGCUGACAGUGUUCCGUCGACGGAAGUGGUUACCAAAGCGAAUUCGCUAUGCUAUGGUGUGUCGAGGUCUUCCUGUGGUCAAUGCCACCUAUUCUGAUUAGCAGAGUGAUUAAAGGCAGGUUUCUUCAUGAGCUUAGUUCACAAUCUAAUACACCAAGACGUCAAAUGAAAGAACAGCAACUGUCUAGAACGCAAAAAGAAUCUCCCUGUACUUACACAAGAAUCAACAAUGACUUUCGUGACAGCAGAGCAAGACAAGGUUUCUUCUGCCGGUCACUUUCCAUUCACGCAUCCGAUUACCUUCAAUUGAAUAAUGAAUAGCAACGAUCUUUAUGAUUCAAUUUGAUAAUAAAUCCGCUCCCGGUGUCAGAUCGGUAUCAAGUUUGC